GGCACGGCUGCGGCCCAGUCGCACUCGCACUCGCACGCACAACCCGCGCGCACAGCUGCAAGAAUCCAAACCCCGCAGCCGCAGCCGGCGAGCGAGCGAUAAUAUACCAAACCCAAACCAAAGCACACAACCCAAACCAAGCAUCGCGUCGCCACCUCGCCUUCCUCCCUUCCUUCGUGCCGACGACCACCACCUCCUCCUCCUCCCCUCUCGCUUGCAGCAGCCAGAGCAGAGCCAUCUCUCUAUCGGCCUCGCCGGAGAUGGCGGCCACGCCGUUGCUGUCGGGGGAGGACACGACGCCGCCGUUGCACGGCGUCGUCGUGAUCGCCCUCCCGGACCGCGCCGCCGACGCGGGCCGGGACCCGCCGCCCGGGAGCGAGGCGGCUUUGGGAAGACGGGCGUGGAGGCUGCUGCGGCUGGCCACGGCGCCGCUCGUGGUGCUCGCGGCGUUCGCGGCGGCGGCGCACUGCUACGGCCUCUACUCCUUCUCCUCCGGCGGGGAGGACUGGAAAUGGGGCGGCGGGCGCGCCUCGUCCUUCCUGCUGCCGCUGCACCCCAAGCCCAUGGCUGCGGCGGCCGGCGUCAGCUUCAAGGCCGCCGCGGCGGAGGAGGGCUCGACCGCGGCCGUGCUGCCGGAGAGGCAGUACUACACUUCCAUAAACAUUGGCAAUCCCGCAAGGCCCUAUUUUCUUGACGUCGAUACUGGGAGCGCCUUGACGUGGAUCCAGUGUGAUGCACCCUGCACAAACUGCACAAAGGGGCCUCAUCCUUUAUACAAGCCUGCAAAAGAAAACAUAGUUCCCCCUAGAGAUUCACAUUGCCAGGAAUUGCAAGGCAACCAAAAUUACUGCGACACCUGCAAACAAUGCGACUACGAGAUCGCGUACGCGGACCGAAGCUCCUCUGCCGGCGUGCUUGCGAGGGACAACAUGGAGCUGAUCACCGCAGACGGCGAGAGGGAAAACAUGGACCUUGUCUUCGGGUGUGCACAUGAUCAGCAAGGAAAGCUUCUGGGCUCACCAGCAAGUAGUGAUGGGAUCCUUGGCCUCAGCAACGGGGCAAUGAGCCUCCCUACCCAGCUAGCCAAGCAAGGGAUCAUCUCCAACGUUUUCGGCCAUUGCAUCGCCACGGAUCCCAGCGGUAGUGCCUACAUGUUUCUCGGCGAUGAUUACGUUCCCAGAUGGGGAAUGACAUGGGUUCCCGUCCGCAACGGUCCAGAGGACGUGUACAGCACGGUAGUACAGAAAGUAAACUACGGAGGUCAGGAGCUUAAUGUGCGAGAGCAGGCUGGGAAGCUGACUCAAGUGAUCUUCGACAGUGGGAGCUCAUACACUUAUUUUCCACAUGAAAUAUACACAAGCCUGAUUACUUCCCUUGAAGCGGUCUCUCCAGGCUUUGUACGCGAUGAAUCAGAUCAGACGCUACCUUUCUGCAUGAAGCCUAAUUUUCCAGUGAGGUCUGUGGAUGAUGUGAAGCAAUUGCACAAGCCCUUGCUUCUGCAUUUCAGCAAAACAUGGCUCGUGAUCCCAAGAACGUUCGAGAUUUCUCCUGAGAACUACUUGAUCAUCAGCGACAAGGGCAAUGUCUGCCUAGGGGUGCUUGAUGGAACAGAGAUUGGCCACAGUUCAACAAUAGUAAUUGGAGAUGUUUCCCUCCGUGGGAAGUUGGUUGCGUAUGACAACGAUGCGAAUCAGAUCGGAUGGGCUCAGUCGGACUGCGCUAGACCACAGAAAGCAAGCAUGGUUCCAUUCUUCCUUUCGAGGGCAUUGCGCAGUCAACUUCUUUAAAUGGCACAGACAGAUGAUCGCCCCGCGUUUGCCUGACCAUGCGCUCAUCGUUUCGACGCGCAAUUCUGCGUCCGAAGCUGCCAUAAUCAUAUGAUGGAUGUAGUUAAACAAGGGAUAUAGGAAAACCAAAUUGGAAGAAAGGUGAAUAGAUAUAGCCAGUACCUUUAAUUGUUCUCUGCUGUAUAUAUACCAAAGAAGCAGAACUCUGUAUACCUAUGGGUAUGCUGUAGAGUAUAUCUCAUCCACUUGUAAGACUAAGUGGUGAAGCAUAUCAAUUUCAAAUGAGUAGCAGUUAUGUGA